AUGGGUAAUCAAUUCCAAGCAGCCAUCAGGAGUAUCCAAACUUCACAAGCAGCCCCUGCAACUCCUGCAGCCCCUGCUGUCCCUCCCCCUCCUGCUCCACAACAGGACACUGAAGGCCGCAUGAUGGAACGGUUCCUCAAGAUGCAGCCUUUAACUUUUGCUGGGAUCAGCAAGGACACCCUGCUUCCUGUUAAAUGGGUGAAAGAGAUGGAGAAAGCCUUUGAGUUUCUGGGAUGCAAUGACCAGCAAAAACUCAUCUGUGCUAGAUAUAAGCUACAGUAUGAAGCAGAGGCUUGGUGGGAAACCACAAAGCCUAUCUUGCAAGCGGCUCACCUUGUCCUAACUUGGGACAUUUUUAAACAAGCUUUCUUUGGGAAUUACUUCCCCACCAGUGUGAGGAAGAGGAAAGAGAUUGAAUUGGCUGAAUUGGUUCAGGGAUCGAAGUCAGUGCUGGAGUACCAGCAGAAGUUUGAAGAGUUAUUUUUCUUUGCUCCUCUUCACUUGGGAACAGAUGAAGCUAAAGCACAGAAGUUCGAAGAUGGAUUAAGGCCACAGAUUGCUUCGAUUAUGGCCACCAGACCGACCCAAGGGUACUCAGAGACCGUGCAAACUGCAAAGAGGGUUGAGGAUAAGCAGAGGGAUGCUUAUCAUGUUAGUCAGUCUUCAGGCAAAAGGGCAACACCAUUCCCUGACAGAGGAUUCAACAAGUAUAGUAGGUUUUCUGAAUCUAGUGCAGUCUCAUCCUUGCCACAGCGAAGUGAGUCUGAGACAUCAGUAACCAGGCCGGUGUAUGCCAAUCCAAGCACCAAGGUGUCAGAUUCUACUUCUACUGCUCCAUCGAGUGUUGCUGAGUACAAAUGUUUCACCUGUGGCCAGAUGGGUCAUACUUCUAGGACUUGCCAUCACAAGAGGCCUAUGCUUCCUCCUCGACAACCGGCCGGUAGACCUCAAGGUCGAGUCUACUCUGUGACAGUAAGUGAGGCUAAAGCCAAUCAAGCUGUAGUUACUGGUAACUUUCUAAACUCAAGCUUGAUAGUAAAUUUCAAUCAUUAUUGUCAUGCAUACAUAAUCAUCAAGUCAUGGCAUAUAGGUACCAUCCUUAUAUGUGAUCAUCCAGCAUAUACAUUGUUCGAUACUGGAGCGACGCACUCCUUUGUAUCUCCGUCCUUUGCUAAGAGGAUUGGUGUGUUACCUAAGAGUUUAUCAGAAGGUUUAGCAGUCAGUACACCUACCGGGUCAAGAAUAGACUUGAAUACUUUAUAUGAACCGUGUGCAGUGAGAAUUGCUGGUAGAAUCGUGAAUGCACAUCUGAUUCUGCUCGAUAUGACUGACUUUGAUGUCAUAUUGGGUAUGGACUGGUUGUCGGCUUAUAAAGCUAAUGUACUAUGUGCUGAAAGGAAGAUAGUAUUCCAGCCAAAGGGCAAGAAAGGAUUCAUCUUCAUGGGUGAUAAGAAGAAAAGGCCAAAGAAGAUGGUGAUUUCAGCCUUGGAAAUGAAGAAACUGUUGAACAAGGGAUGCCAAGGAUACCUUGUGUCGGUUUUGGAUACCAGGACACAGCCUGCCUCCACCAAGAGAGAAUGA